AUGUUGUUAGCGGUCCCGCAGCCGGUACCCAGCGAGCGCCUCGGGGCUCCCGCUGUGGCCCUGCCUGAUGCGCUGUGCUCUGCAGAGCUGUGGGUCUCACUGGAGGAGCACCAGGAUGCGCUGGAGCUCAUCAUGAGCAAGUACAGGAAGCAGAUGUUACAGCUGCUGGAAGGGAGGAAACGGGAAGAUGCAGAACCAGUCCUGAAAGUCCAUCAGGCUAAUUCUGGGGAAAUUGAAAGUCAAAUAGACAGAAUAUGUGAGAUGGGAGAGGUGAUGAGAAAAGCUGUUCAAGUGGAUGAUGAGCAGUUCUUUAAAGUUCAGGAGAAGCUGGCUCAGUUGGAGCUUGAAAACAAAGAGCUGCGUGAGCUGCUGUUGAUCAGCAAGGAGUCCUUCGAGGUGGGGAGAGAAGAUCUGCCAGACUGAAGCCCAGGCCACACCAACCUCAUGUCCAAAGCCUUCAGGAACUGUUUUGAAACUACCUGACAAGGAUUUGUUGUUCCAGGUGUUUCCUUGUAUAUUUGUUUUAUCUAUAAAGCGUGUGGGCUGUGUUCUCUGCAUUUUUCUGAAGUGUUGAUGGCAAAAGCUUGCACCCUGCUCUUAGUACCUGCAGCACUUGGAUGCUUAACACUGAAGUAUUUGAUGUGUCCUCCCUUGUGAUGGCUCAUUUCCUCUCCCUUUGUUAUUUUUUAUGAGCUUUAGUUAAUAAUUCCAGCUGUGCAGAUGGCUCUUAAAUCCACCUUGUCUGUAGCUAGAGAACAUAAUGCAGGUUGUGAUUGUUGUGCUUGAUAGAAGGAACAGGAGAUGAUUGAGGAACCACAGUGUGAGAGGCAGGGAUGUGGUUUGCUCUGGCUGGGCUCUGCAGGGUGAGGGACCCUCAGUGUCUGAAUGGCCUGGCUUUGUCACCUGGCCUGGCUUUGUCACCUGGCCACUGCUGAGAGCACAGCAGAUGCCAGCAGAGCACCUGAAGGAGUCACUCCUAUUCAGAGCAGACUUUACCUUGUUUUAGGGGUGAAGAUUGGAGUUCACAUCCCUUCCUGACACACACAUUUUUUGAAGGAUUAAUCAUUUUUGAUAGCUAGACCUGUCCCAGCCUUCCCAGUGCUCCCAGUUAGCAGCCAGCCCUGCUCAGAGCCUGCCAGAGCACAGCACCUGCAGAUCAAAGCUCUUUGACCUCCCAAAAGUGUGGGUUCAGGCAGAGGGAGCUCAGGUCUGCCUCAAACCCAAACCAAAUCCAAACCAAACCACCCUCAUGCACAGAAUUUUAAUGUCACAUCACAGGUGAGUCUGGUGUUCCAUUGUUACUGCAGGUCCUGUGUUGAGUGGAAUUAGAGGUGCAGUGUUGUGGGAGUUUCUCAGUACUGUGGUAUUUUUAAUGACAUUUUUAUAUAAAAGAUUUCUGGCCUACCUGUGAUUGAAAAAUAAUCUUGCAAGAAUGGUAAACAUCUCCUGUGCAUUAUUAGCUCAAAUUUUUGAUGGCAUUUUUUCCCCAAGUGAGACUUUUGAUAGAUGCAGAAGGUGACUCGUUCCUGUGCUUACUGAGGUUCAGUGAACACUGGAGACAUUGUGAACAUUUGGAAUAUCCAACUAGACAGGUAGAUAUAAGGGGUUUCUGUACAGGAGUGCUCUUGUAUACAGUCCUUUUCUAUUCGAAAUUGUUCAGGAGGGAAUAAAAAACCCAAUGGGAAAUACUU